GGCCAGGGAAUUACAGGCGUUUCGCGAUGUGUUUAGAUAGUGUCUUUCAAAGUGACAGGUCCUUUAGAUGGCAUCAAUUCAGUGAUGGGAAAACAAUUAGGCAAUUAUUAAGGGAUAUAGCCUUAGUCUGAAUUAAUUGUUCGGGAAAUAUGGACUUGACCAGCGACUACGCUCAUCGGCGUAUGGUGAAAUUGCUGACGAUCACGCUGAUAAUCUUCAUGACCGCCUUUGGACUCCUGGCCAAUCGGUAUCGCUCGGGAAGACAUGAAAGGUUCCGCUUCUCAAAGGCAUAUCUAGCUUACGCUCUGCUAUGGACCAUUGCCUUUAGCUUUGUGUAUGGGAGGCAGAUCUACAAGGAGUACCUCCAGGGUCAGAUCAACCUGAAGGACGCCAUCACGCUGUACAGCUACAUGAACAUCUCGGUGGCUGUUAUUAAUUUUGUGACCCAGAUGCUGAUCAGUGACCAUGUGGCCAAGAUGAUGAGUCGAGUGCCCUUCUUUGACACCCUGAAAACACUUCGUCUCGACAGCAGGUCGCUGUACAAAUCCAUAUCCUUGGCGCUGGUGAAGACGAUAGUGUUUCCUCUAACCCUCGAGGUGGCCUUCGUGCUGCAGCAAAGGCGACAGCAUCCGGAAAUGAGUUUGAUCUGGACGGUUUACAAACUGUUUCCCUUGGUGAUCUCCAACUUGCUGAACAACUGCUACUUUGGAGCCAUGGUGGUGGUGAAGGAGAUGCUCAAUGCCUUGAAUAUCCGCCUGGAAUUGCAACUGCAGGAGGUGAAUCUGCUGCAGCGCAAGGAUCAACUGAAGCUGUACACCAGGUACUAUCGAAUGCAGCGAUUUUGCUGCCUGGCGGAUGAACUGGACCAGCUGGCGUAUCGCUACAGGCUGAUCUACGUGCAUGCCGGCAAGUAUCUCACUCCCAUGGCCUUGUCCAUGAUCCUGUCGCUCAUCUGCCACCUGCUCGGCAUCACAGUGGGCUUCUACAGUCUGUACUAUGCCAUCGCGGACACGUUUAUCAUGGGCAAGCCGUACGAUGGCCUGGGUUCUCUUAUAAACCUGGUCUUCCUGCUCAUCUCGCUGGCGGAGGUAACUUUGUUGACUCAUCUAUGCAACCACCUGUUGGUCGCCACCAGAAAAUCGGCGGUCAUCCUGCAGGAGAUGAAUCUCCGGCAUGCGGACACUCGCUACCGCCAGGCAGUCCAUGGCUUUACUUUGCUCGUGACGGUUACCAAGUUCCAGAUCAAACCGAUGGGUUUAUACGAACUGGACAUGCGGCUGAUCAGCAAUGUCUUCUCGGCGGUGGCCAUGUUCCUGCUCAUCCUGGUGCAGGCCGAUCUGUCGCAGAGAUUUAAGAUGCUCUAA